UUCCUUUUCGAUGAUUGUUUACAUCUUAUUCACAUGUCAAGCAGGGAGAUGAAUUUUUGAUACAUUUUCCUUGUCUAUUGUAAUUAAUGUGUGCUCUAAUUUAAGAAAUAGAAGAAUUUAUGAUGUAUCUUUCCGUAUCUUUUUUCUAUUCCAUCCAUUGGCAAAGUCAUCGAAUCGUUGGGGUUUUAGAAUUAAUAAUUUUAAUCAGUCUCCGUUAUCGAAGGAGAUUAGCAUUGCGUGAUUAGAUGAAUGGCUUUUGAAACUACUGUUCAUUCAAACUCAGAUUUAAUGAAUAUUAAAUUGAAACGAAGAUUUACUUAUGGAACAAUUCUUAUGUUCAAUUUAUGCACUGGCCUUGGCUAUGCAAUUAUAUUCCCGACUAUAUGGAACUACAUUCAUGAUCGCUUGGGAGGACAAACAUAUAUGUUAGGAAUAGUCAUCUCAGCUUACAGUUUGUCUUCCUUUAUUGCAAAUCCUCUGGUGGGAUGGUGGAGUGACAAAAGUCUAAAUACCAGAAACAUCUUACUUGUGACCAUUUUGGCAGAAGCAGUUGGGAGUAUCCUUUACUUUAUUGGAAUGCAUAUAUGGGUCCUUGUGAUUGGAAGAUUGAUUGCAGGUAUAGGGGCUGGGGGAGGUGCUGCUGUAUUAGCUGAUAUUACGAGAACAACAUCAGAAGAAGACCGAACACCUGUUCUAUCGGUAGUCAUAGCAUCUCGUCAGUUGGGUCUCAUUAUUGGUCCUGCAUUCAACAUUUUUCUUUCUGAAAUUGAUUUUCACAUAUUUUCAUUGCCAGUAGAUAAAUAUACAUCACCUGGGCUUUUAAUGGCCAUGCUGUGGUUGCUGCUUGAAGUUAUGGUCCUUUUUGCUUAUUAUAACCUUACUUCUUUGAAAGAUGAUGAAGAUGUUGAAAGACUGUUCCAGAAUUAUAAUUCCAUUAUUACUGGCAGCAUCCCGUACAGUGACCUUGAUAACUUAUCAACUUUGGAAGUAGCAUUCACAAACUCGUAUCCACCAUAUUCUGGUGGAAAUCCUUCUACCAUGGAUUCAUUGUCACCUGGAACUCUCAUUUACAGUUCUUCUCAGCCUAAUUUACAAGUUGAAUGGCUCGAGGACAGCAAUGAUAAUUUAAAUACUUUGAGAAAAGAAGAAAUUGAAACAAUCAACUGCCAAGCAAUACCUGCUGACUCAAAUAAGUUUCUUCAACAUGAUAAAUCACCUCUCAAAAGAGUUAGGAAUGUUGAAACACGAGCAGGUAGUGUCUCUGACAGAAUGAUUGAGUCUGCUGAGAGGUUAAUUCAGAGCACUUCGGGAUCAUAUGAAAAGUACUUAGACGAAAAUAGCAGUCAAGAGAAGCAAGAUAAUACCAAUUCUCGAAUUUCAAGCACAAAUCCAAGUACACCACAUUCAGAUCCAUUUACUUCAGAUGAAAAGACUAGUCUUUUAGGACAUAUGAGAGAUGAUUACUUCCGAGAUGAAAUAAUCGUCUUACUAGGAUUAGCUUUCAUAUCAUGCUUUGCACAAACUGUUUUGGAGACUAUUGUUACUCCUCUUGCUCAAAAAUAUUACAGUUUUGAUGAAAUGGAUAACAGCUAUAUCUACUUAUUCGCUGGAAUUGAGAUUAUAAUAGUUUAUACUGCUAUUAAAUAUAUAAGCAGAGUGGCAUCAGACAGAUCACUCAUAAUCUUUGGAUUGAUCACCUUAAGUAUUUCCAUGAUUCUGCCGAUGCUUUAUAUUCCUUCAGCUGUACCAGGGGAUAUAAAAACUCUGGCUUAUUUCAUCAUCACUAUAGUUGUUGAUCUUGUGGGCAUAGCUGUGAUUACUGUAUGUUCUUCUUCUUUAAUAUCAAAACUUACAAGUGAAGAUAGUCAAGCAUUGUUCCAGGGCUUUCGCAGAAGCAUGGUCAGUCUUGGCUGCAUAAUGGGCCCUUUAUGGGGUGGUGCAUUUCUCUUCAAUAUUUAUUUUCUUUUUAGUGUACCUCUGGCUGUCAUAGUACUCAUAACAGUUCUUUUUCUGCUUUCAUUUAAAAAGCUCAUUGUGGAGCGGGUAUGAAUUUUUGGAGCCAAUACAUCAAAUCACUGUUUUAAUUAUCAGAUUUACUUAAAAUAUUUAGAUAUCUUUUCAAAUAAUUUUGUUGCCAAUAUUGAAAUAAGUAUUUCAUCUUUUUUUUGUACAUUCCAUACUGUGAUUGUCCAUAUGUUGUAUAAUUGUUAAGUGUUGGAAAAUCUGUCUUAAUUGAAGUACUCUUUCUGUGAAUAUUUAAUUACAAAAUGUUUUGUGCAUUUGAGUCAAAUGUGUCUGUGUUAUCAGGAUAGCAAAUUAUUGAAUGGAGAAUUCCUUUAAAAAACACUGUUAAGUACAAACAUGAUAUCUUGUUGAAAAGUAGCUGAGAUUAAAAAUUCAUUAUAUGAGAUUUUUAUUGCCAUGAAUUAUAUCUAAAUAUUUUAUAUAGAAGCAGAAAAUCAGGACUCUAAACAAUUAGCAUAAUGGCCUAUACUGCUAAACUGAAAUAAAAGCAAAAUUAAAGGAAGAUACAUGUAAUUUUUUAUAAAUCAAUUUAAUUUAAAUGAUUUUCAGGUUGAAAUUUCGGGUUAUAAAUUUUUCCGUGUAAAGAUUUGAGGGUCAGAAGUCCUACUGUGCAUGUCAUAUAAAGGUACAAUAAACUCCUAAUUAUCUGUUCUAGUGUGAUGGAAAGUAUACAGAAUAUGAAAAACCCACUUCCCACUGUUAAAAACAGUCAUUUCAUUCCCAAAUCUUUUCUUGUUUUCUGAUCUCAGUACAGAUUAGUUCAUUAUACUAAUUUUUAUCAUGUACUAUAUUACACAUAUAAAUCAUUUAUUCCUGGAAAAGAAAGUCUUAAAAUAAUGGUACUGAAAAAUUUAAAUUUUAUAAUGUCUUACUUAAUUGCAGGAAUAUAAAAUCUUGUAAAUUAGAUAGUAUGAGACAUAAACUUUUAAACAGACUGAGCAUUUAUUAAAACAAUGGGCUUAGUUUUUACAAAAAUCAUUUUUCUAUGGAGAAUGUUUUUAAAAGUGUAAUAGGAUAGUGGAGAAUUUUCUGUAUAUUUGUUUCAGUUGUUCUGAAAGGGCUCAAGAUAUUGAUCCAAUAUUUUGGUGAUAGUAAUCAAAAGCAAUACUUGUUUAAACCUCAUGUGCAAUAGCGAGUAACUUGCCAAUUUCAGAAGUGUUGUGAAUUUAUUUCUUCUGGGACUGUAGAAAUAGACUGUGUGAUGUUUUUUUAAAAUUAUAUUUGUUUCAAAUGACAGUUAGCAUAGUUUUUAAUCUCUGUAUUUUAAUUUUGUCCAUUGGAGAGCUAAUGGUAUGAGCUGUGAUUAAAAUUUUAUUCUACUGUUGAA